GUACCACAGAACUAUCAAGAAUGGCAAAAGAUAGAAGCAGGCUUCAGAACUUGAUUCAAGCACCUCCGAACUGUGGAAGUGAAUUUUUCAAUUAUAAGGGCACGAACAGUGUUGUGCUUAUGGCUGUUGUUGACCAUGACUACUGUUUCCGUUAUGUUAAUAUCGGAGCAAAUGGAAGAAACUCGGACAGUGGAAUUUUCAGAAAUAGCGCAUUAUACAGCGACCUUGAAAACAAUAUGCUACCAACAGAUCACGUUAGAAUAGUCGAAAAUGCAUUUGGCAUCCUAACAAGCAGAUUUAGAAUAUUUCAAAAACCUAUACCAACUGACGUCAACACAACCAAUAACAUUAUUCGAGCCUCAUGUGCUCUGCAUAAUUGGUUGCGCCUAACAAGUCCCAGUUGUUACUUUCCAAAGGAUUGCGUGGACGUAGAAGAUAUUGACUCUGGAACAAUUGUUGAAGGGACUUGGGGACGAGAACUCAUAGCCACCUUGCCAUCUAUCACCGAUCACACUACCAAUAAUUCACCACGAAUAGCAAGAAAUCUCAGAGACAAGUAUGCCGAAUACUUUAGUGGAGCAGGUGCUGUUGUAUGGCAAGAUAGAAUGAUUUCAUAG